GUAGUUCCCACCGUUCAUGAUUCAGUUCAUUAAUAAAUACAUAGUUCGGUGUCAUGGCGGAACCCGCAGCGUGUCCUGCCUUCCAGCUCGGGAGACCCCGGUACGAGCAGGGCUCCUUCCUCGGCCGGAUGAGACACGUCCUCGACAUCAUUGACCCCAGGACCCUGUUUGUGUCCGAGAAACGAUUGGAAGAAUGCGUGAAACUGCUUGAGGACUACAAACAUGGCGAUCUCCCACCGGGAGUGUCCGAUCUUCAGCUGUGGGAAGCCCAGAAGAUCAAGCAGGCCAUCAUUCACCCCGACACAGGAGAGAAGAUCUUCAUGCCGUUUCGAAUGUCAGGUUAUGUACCAUUUGGAACACCGAUUGUCAUUGGCCUUCUUCUUCCAAAUCAGACCUUGGUGUCUACCAUUAUAUGGCAGUGGCUGAACCAGAGUCAUAACGCCUGUGUGAAUUUUGCCAAUCGCAACGCCACAAAGCCAACACCAACAUCCAAGUUUCUUCAGGGGUAUGCCGGAGCUGUGGGCAGCGCCGUUUCUAUUGCAGUGGGUCUGAAUGUGCUGAUUCAGAAGGCCAACAAGCUUAGUCCUGCCACCAGAAUGAUAAUUCAGAGGCUGGUCCCCUUCCCAGCUGUAGCUAGUGCAAACAUCUGUAACGUGGGCCUGAUGAGACACAACGAGCUAUCGGAAGGCAUUGAUGUGCUGGACAACAAGGGCAACGUGGUGGGAUCCUCCAAAAUUGCUGCAAGACAUGCGAUCACGGAGACCGCCUUCACACGCGUGGUCCUGCCGAUGCCGAUCUUUGUCCUGCCCCCCAUCAUCAUGUCCUACCUGGAGAGAUCCAAAAAUAACUCCUGGCGUUGCAGCCAUCAUGUGGGAUGGAUCCACAGCGCAGGCUCACGUUUUCCUUUCUUCACUCUCUUGAAUCGUGUAGGCUGCGAUUCCUGCAGAGCAACCGCCGCUUGCUGCUGCCCGUCCACGGCCUCGUGUGCCUGGUUACCUUCGGCCUCUCGCUGCCCGUGGCCAUCAGCCUGUUCCCCCAGAUGUCUCAGAUUGAGGUGUCUUGCCUAGAGCCGGAGAUCGCCAUGGCAACAGAUUGCAAGGUGUUGACCUAUAACAAGGGUUUAUGAUGGAGGCCGCGGUGAGGACGGAGAUGAGGUCGGGGAGAAACUAGUGGGGUUGCUCCUGUCCACAGGGUUGAGAGUCUUUCUGCUGCCUGUAGAGCAUCAGUACUCACACAGGGUUGUUUUCUACUUCACGGUUGUCAAGAUCACACAAAUUAUCGAGCCAAGGUUUGAAAAGAAGAAGCUCUGUGUAUAGGAAUUAUGAUAUAUAUUUACUGUGAAAUCUGUUUUUUUGUAUUAAUGAAAUGAGUUGUACAAAGCGUUGUUUCCCACACUUGGCUGCUUUUCACCCAAUGACAAGGGUUUGAAUACAGUUGUAAUCUGCAAUAACAGGACCCUUCUGUCUCUUUAGCUGGCUCUCAACUGCGUCUCUUUUUAAAGUCCAAAUCUCAAAAAUGUGUGGUUUUCAACCUUUUUUAAAAAUCUUGUGAUCCAUAAAAAAAAGUUAUAUCAUCCUGUGACUUUCGUCACCUGUUGCAUAUAUACAAAUAUAGUUUUUAGAGACUGGAAGAGGAAAACUAUUGUCUUUCACAGGAAAAAAAGUGACGCUCAGGGAUGGGUUGAAAAAGAAAUUAUAUAAUUUAAUGCCGGUAAAAUGUUGAUUAGGUUAAUUAUUCUGAAAAUGCAUUUUGCGACCCCAAGAUUAGAACAUUCUCAUAUAUAUGUAUAUGGGCUGUCAGGGCUCUAGUCUGUUCUGUUGUAUUUUAUUGGAGACAGUGGACAAAAGGAAACACUGCACCAGAUAUAAUAUUUAUAUUUCUCACGUGAAGGAAGAGAAACCAUACUAAUCUGUAGCUGCACUGAUAAUAUAUUCUGUAUUCUGAGGACGACGAGGGAUUAAGGACUGAAUCCCUCUGUAAAUGUCUGUGGGACCACGUGGAGACCGUACUGUAGAUGUGUGAUAGUUUACACUGUUCAACAGGUAUUUCAACCUCAAUAAUGUGAAACAACAUACAGAAUUUUACUCUCUGGGCAUUUUGCUUCAUAACCAAACACUGUACACUAACCUUCUUUCCUAAAUUGUUGGAGUGACAUGUGACUCCACUACUGACUGUUUCUAUUGCUACUACUGUAUUCCUAAUGCUUUACUUUGUAAUUUAAAAAAUAUAUACAAGUAGAAACUAUAUAUUAUACUACUUAUUAUGAACUAAGUAUUUUUAAUUAUUUGUAUACUACUUCAAGUUUAUUAAAUGUUUGCUAGUCAAACAAUGUAAAACAUUUAUCUAUAUCAUCUAAAUAAUAAAUAUUAUUUCCACAUUUACUGGUUUUUGGUUGAACACUUUAUUUCCAGACAUUUCUGAGUAUUUAAGCUAUACAUUUUGCUUCAGCUGUUUAGUAUUGAUAUUUUUCAUUGAAGUUAAACAAGGAUCAUCAUGGUUUACACCAUUUAAAUUAUUUUUAAUUCUAAUUAUCAUUAGUAGCUGACUGUUUUGCACCUUAUUGGACGAAUGUGCUCUUCAGAGCUUUGAAGUAAUGUCCCCUUGGGAUUCAGAAGGAUUUUCACGAUUUAAAAUAUAAUUAUUAAGUAAUUAAUCAAGAAAAUAAUCAAAUCAAAUAACAACAUAUUGUAUCUUUAAGCUGCCAGUUAACUUGGGACCAGUGAAGGCAACAGUAAUUAUUAGUGUAUGCAUAUAUGUAUAUAAUAAUUCUCUUCUUUACUAAAUUAUAUUAUUUGUGAAUUGAGUAUCUUGAAUAUAAUUCUGACAGUUCUGGAGCUAGUGAUUGUAUGUGUACUCUGAUAUAUGUCUUUCAGCACACAACAUAUUUUACAUAA